AAGAAAAAAGAAAAAAUUGCUGCUCUUGAGGAAUUAGUCGAUUCUCUUGAGAGAGUAGCUGAUUCCCUUGAACAAGAUUAUUUUAAUAUGUCCUUAGAAAUUUCUUCCCUUAAAAAAGAGAAUUCUAUUCUUAGCUCUCUUCAUUCAGAUCUUUUUUCUGG